AUGAGUUCAUUGGAUGCGUCAAAAGUGAAAAUUACGAAGGUUUCUGAGCCAUCGAAACCUCGUCCAAACGAUGAAUUGGUAUUUGGUCAGACGUUUACAGACCAUAUGAUGACUGUUGAGUGGACAGCCAAGGACGGAUGGGGCGUUCCUGAGAUUAAGCCAUACGGGAACCUCUCUUUGGACCCAUCUGCGUGUGUUUUCCACUAUGGGUUCGAGUUGUUUGAAGGUUUGAAGGCAUACAGAACGCCGGACAACAAGAUCAGCAUGUUCCGUGCAGACAAGAACAUGGAGCGUAUGAACAAGUCGGCGGCCAGAAUCUGUUUGCCAACGUUUGAUGGGGAGGAGUUGAUCAAGUUGAUUGGUAAGUUGAUCGAGCAGGACAAGUACUUGGUUCCCGAGGGCCAGGGCUACUCGUUGUACAUCAGACCUACGAUGAUUGGUACUACGAACGGUCUAGGUGUUGGUACGCCUGACAGAGCGUUGUUGUAUGUGAUCACUUCGCCAGUGGGGCCAUACUACAAGACUGGGUUCAAGGCUGUGAGAUUGGAGGCCACGGACUAUGCGACCAGAGCUUGGCCCGGUGGUGUGGGUGACAAGAAGCUUGGUGCGAACUAUGCGCCAUGCGUGUUGCCCCAGCUCGAGGCAGCCAAGCGUGGCUACCAGCAGAACUUGUGGUUGUUCGGUGAGGAGAAGAACAUCACGGAAGUCGGUACGAUGAACGUUUUCUUUGUGUUCAAGGACUCUGCCACGGGCAAGAAGGAGCUUGUGACCGCUCCAUUGGACGGUACCAUUCUUGAAGGUGUGACCAGAGACUCGAUCUUGCAGUUGUGCAGAAAGAACUUGGACCCUGAGGAAUGGGUUGUGUCGGAGCGUUACUACAGCAUCUUCGAAGUGGAGGAGAGAGCAGCCAAGGGCGAGUUGGUCGAGGCGUUCGGGUCUGGUACUGCUGCUGUUGUGUCUCCAAUCAAGGAGAUCGGCUGGAGGGGCAACGACAUCAACGUCCCAUUGCUUCCUGGCGAGCAAUCCGGUCAAUUGACGAAGCAGGUCGCCUCCUGGAUCGCUGACAUCCAGUACGGCAGAAAGGAGUACAACAACUGGUCCCGUAUUGUUGCUGAUUUGAACUGA